CUGCUGUCCCGGCGGCCUCGAACGCCGUCGUCGAAGCCAGGAUGCUGCGGUGCCCGAGGUGCCGGCUGGACCAGCGGAACGCGGAGCGGGAGGGGGUGUUCCCCUACAAGGAGCUCUUCCUCAUAUGGCUCGUCACCCUCUGCUCCACCUUGCCGAUACUGAUGCUGUUUCCGUUCUUGUAUUUCAUGAUAAGGGACCUACAUAUUGCUAGAGAUGAAAAAGAUAUUGGAUUUUAUGCUGGUUUUGUUGGUGCUUCAUUUAUGGCUGGUCGAGCACUCACCGCUGUAAUAUGGGGAAUGGUGGCUGAUAAGCAUGGGCAAAAACAAGUUAUUGUAAUCACACUUGCUGCAAUAGUUAUAUUCAAUACACUUUUUGGACUAAGCUCAACGUAUUGGACGGCAAUAUUAACAAGAGCCCUGCUUGGGCUAUUGUCUGGGAUGCUUGGACCAAUCAAGGCUUACGCGACAGAGGCAUGCCGAAAAGAAUACAAUCAUUUGGGUUUAUCAAUUAUUUCUUCCUCACGCGGCGUAGGCCUCAUUGUUGGACCAGCUAUUGGUGGUUAUCUUGCACAGCCAGCAGAUAAAUAUCCAGGCAUAUUUUCCAAGAAGUCCAUUUUUGGUAGGUUUCCAUAUUUUCUCCCCAGCCUAUCCAUAUCAAUCCUUGCAUUUAUCGCUCUAAUUUCCUGCUUUUGGCUUCAGGAAACUUUGCAUAAACACACCGGAGAUGUUACAGACAAUUCAAUUGAAACUGUAGAAGAUCCUCUUACUAGUACAGAUGCUCAAGAAAAGAGCCAGGGUGGAAGUUGUGGGUUUCUAAAAUUAUUCAAAAAUUGGCCGCUGAUGUCAGCUAUAAUUUUAUAUUCUAUAUUCUCUCUCCAAGAUGUGGCUUACGCAGAGGUAUUUUGCCUUUGGGCUAUCAGUGACAGGAGAUAUGGUGGAUUAAGCUUUUCUACUACAGAUGUGGGCAACGUUCUUGCAAUUUCAGGUCUCUUCCUCAUGUUAUAUCAACUUUUCAUCUAUCCAUCAGUUGCAAAAUUUGUAGCACCCAUCACAUUAGUUCGCAUAACAGCAAUAUUGACUGUACCGCUUCUUUCGAGCUAUGCGAUCAUGCCAGCAAUACUAUCAGGAUUCCCGCUACAUUUGGUAGUAAAUUGUGCAUCUUUUCUGAAGAAUGCUUUCACAGUGAGUGUGAAAUCGUGCUUUUACUAG